AUCUGUCUUCCCACUCGCUUCUCUAAACUUGACAUUGAAAACCUAAACCUUCAAAUCUGAAAGAAAACCUGGCGGAUAUACUUACGCUAUACAUACACACAUAAGAAGCCAAAUAAUUUGAAUUAAAUGGCAACACUCACCAGCUGUAGCUUUAGAUUGAACCCUCCGAGCAGGUUUAAUUUCAGAGUGAAAAUAAAAAAUAUUAACGCCAAUUUUUGUUUGUGUGGAGCAUCACUAUCGAAGAGGCGGCGAAUGAUUUCGAAAGGGAAUUGCACCAGGUUAAAUUUAAUUGUAAGGUCAUGUUAUAAUGAUAAGAAUAAUACCAGGAAUGAAAAUAAUGCUACCAAUGGUGAAGGAGAAAAUAGAGACAAUUCAAAUUUGGCGACGAUGAGCUCAGCUGAUGAGAAGCCCGAUGAUAAUUCUGAGAAUUUGCCAACUUCUAUAUCGAACCGGAAUCCUACUAUAUCUUCUAUUGGAUCAUCUCAUAAUAAUUUCCAAGUAGACUCUUUUAAAUUGAUGGAACUUCUAGGGCCUGAAAAGGUUGAUCCGGCUGAUGUAAAGGCUAUUAAGGAAAAGCUUUUUGGCUAUUCUACCUUUUGGGUAACCAAAGAAGAGCAGUUUGGGGAUCUAGGAGAGGGCAUUCUUUUCCUUGGCAAUCUUAGGGCAAAGAGGGAAGAUGUUUUUGCCAAACUUCAAAGUCACCUAGCUGAAAUAAUGGGAGAUAAGUACAACCUGUUCAUGGUGGAGGAACCUAAUGCUGAAGGACCAGAUCCACGUGGUGGUCCUCGUGUCAGCUUUGGUAUGCUACGGAAAGAGGUCUCAGAACCAGGUCCAACAACUCUUUGGCAGUAUGUGAUUGCUCUUCUGUUGUUUCUUCUUACCAUUGGUUCCUCUGUGGAGCUAGGAAUAGCAUCUCAGAUAAAUAGACUUCCUCCAGAGGUGGUUAAAUACUUCACAGAUCCAAAUGCCAUUGAACCACCAGAUAUGCAGCUUCUAUUACCAUUUGUGGACUCUGCUUUGCCCCUUGCCUAUGGUGUCUUGGGGGUUCAGCUAUUUCACGAAGUUGGACAUUUUCUGGCUGCAUUUCCAAGGAAGGUGAAAUUAAGCAUUCCUUUCUUUAUUCCAAACAUUACCCUUGGAAGCUUUGGAGCAAUUACUCAGUUCAAGUCCAUUCUGCCUGAUCGAAAAACAAAAGUAGAUAUUUCUUUGUCCGGACCAUUUGCGGGUGCUUCAUUGUCUUUAUCUAUGUUCACCAUUGGCCUGCUGCUUUCAUCAAAUCCAGCAGUGGCAGGAGAUUUAGUUCAGGUUCCUAGUUUGCUUUUUCAAGGCUCUUUGCUUCUUGGACUUAUUAGUCGGGCUGCUCUUGGUUAUACGGCAAUGCACGCCGCAACAGUUUCAAUUCAUCCCCUUGUUAUUGCUGGCUGGUGUGGGUUAACGACGACAGCUUUUAAUAUGCUACCUAUCGGAUGUCUUGAUGGUGGAAGAGCUAUGCAGGGAGCAUUUGGGAAAAGUGCCUUGAUUGCUUCUGGUUUGGCCACUUACACAUUGCUGGGAUUAGGAGUGCUAGGUGGGCCCUUAUCACUUCCUUGGGGAUUGUACGUGCUUAUAUGUCAGAGGACUCCCGAGAAACCAUGUUUGAACGAUGUAACGGAAGUUGGCACUUGGCGUAAAACGAUUCUUACAAUAGCAAUUAUCCUUGUAGUAAUGACACUCCUUCCAGUGUGGGAUGAACUUGCAGAAGAGUUGGGUAUAGGUCUUGUAACCACGUUUUGAUUCAAUACUUGAGCUGGAAAUCCAAUUUUGAUGUUGAAUGAGAUGAAAAUAGCUAUUUUUGCCACUUUCAAGUGGAUCGUUUCAUACUAUCUGAUCAGAAAUUCGUCGACUUUUUAUCUUUAUCGUUUGUGUGUGUAUAUAAUGAGCUGCUAGUUCAUAUGCACAUCAAUUGUUUAACUAUUUUCGCACCUUUGAUGAAUGCAUACUGUUCAAUCCCAGUAUGUUAUGUA